UCAUAUAAGUAGGAGUUUUCAGUUCUCCUUCCUUCCCCAACACCUCCACCGUCGAAGCAAUUAACUCAAUAUGGGGAGCUCAUGCUUCUUCUCCUUCCUCUCUGUUCUAUCUCUUCUGAUAAUCUCCCCGGCUGUCACCGCUUUGCCGCUACACACCAGUUCACGGUGGCUUGUGGACGAAGCCGGGCAGCGGGUGAAGCUGGCGUGCGUUAAUUGGGUGACACAUCUGGAAGUCCUGGUGGCUGAGGGUCUCAGCAAGCAGCCCGUGGACGUGAUCUCCAAGAGGAUUACGUCCAUGGGAUUCAAUUGCGUUAGGCUCACUUGGCCUCUUUACUUGGUCACCAACGACUCGCUGGCUUCUCUCACCGUAAGACAGUCGUUCCUGAGUCUCGGGCUGUCGGAAUCCAUUUCCGGUCUCCAGGCUAACAACCCCUCCAUCAUUGAUCUUUCGCUCAUACAAGCAUACCAGGCGGUGGUCUCUAGCUUGGGGGCUAACAAUGUGAUGGUCAUAUUGGACAAUCACAUAAGCAAGCCCGGUUGGUGUUGCAGCAGCUCCGAUGGGAAUGGGUUCUUUGGCGACCAGUAUUUCAACCCGGACCUCUGGAUUCAGGGACUCACUCGGAUGGCCACCAUCUUUAACGGCGUGCCCAAUGUGAUUGGCAUGAGCUUGAGGAAUGAGCUCCGAGGCCCUAGACAAAACGUUAAGGAUUGGUACAGGUACAUGCAGGGAGGAGCAGAGGCAGUGCAUUCAGCAAACCCAGAUGUUCUUGUCAUUCUCUCCGGCCUUGGCUUCGACAAAGACCUGUCGUUCAUCCGUAAUCAACCGGUGAAUCUCACUUUCACUGGAAAACUAGUAUACGAGAUGCACUGGUACGGGUUUUCGGAUGGAAAGUCAUGGGAAUCCGGCAACCCGAAUCAAGUGUGUGGGAGAGUGGUAAACAACAUGAUGAGGCUCUCAGGAUAUCUGUUGGACCAGGGUUGGCCAUUGUUCGUGAGUGAGUUUGGGAUGGACCUGAGAGGCAACAAUGUGAAUGACAACAGGUUUAUGGAUUGCUUCCUGGGUUGGGCGGCCGAGCUUGAUCUCGAUUUUGCCCUUUGGACACUUGUUGGGAGUUAUUAUUUGAGAGAGGGCAUUGUUGGGUUAAAUGAGUACUACGGGGUGCUUGAUUGGAAUUGGUGUGGGACCAGAAAUUUAACCUUCCUGCAGAGGAUCUCUGCUCUCCAGACUCCUUUUCAAGGGCCAGGCCUAUCAGAAACUAAUCUACACAAAGUAAUUUUCCAUCCAUCAACGGGUCUGUGUGUCCUGAGAAAAUCUAUGCUUGACCCACUAACAUUGGGUCCCUGCGCCGCUUCUGAUUCCUGGAGAUACACUCCCCAGAAAACUUUAUCACUGAGGGGAACUUAUUUCUGCUUACAAGCAGAAGGAUUGGGAAAACCAGCAAGACUUAGCAUAAUUUGCACAGACCCUAAUUCAAAGUGGGAAAUUAUCUCAGAUUCUAAGAUGCAUCUCUCAUCCACGGUUGGCAAAGAUUCUGUCUGCCUGGAUGUCGACCCCAACAAUACCAUUGUCACAAAUACUUGCAAAUGUUUGAACAGAGAUAACACGUGUGACCCAGGGAGCCAGUGGUUCAAGCUUGUUGACAGUACAAGAAGUCCAAGUUAUGCAGAAUCCUUGAGAUAAACUCCAUCUUGGUUUUUGCCUGGCAAGGAUUUUAUAUUCUGCACGGUUCUACCCUGCAAGAACUCCAAAUCAUUUUCUUGAAACUCAUCCACUUCAUCGUCUGUUUGCCCCAAAAUGACCUAGCAAAAUCCCAAUUCAUUGGGCCUUUCAAUACAAUCAAAUAGAAAGCUCCAAGGGCGCCAUAUUCUAGGAACCAAACUAUGUGAUUGAAUAAAUAAAAAAUGUUGUUAUUUGGAAGUUUCUUCAAGUUGA